AUGGCAGCAAUAGUAGACGAUGUCCCAAACCGAGCGUUCCAGAACGUGAGCAGCGCUGAUUCUCCACUGAUUUUCGAACCAUUUGACCUGCCCUCAAGCAACCAGCGUCGACUGGGCACUCCGCAUGUCGAAGGCACUGUAAUGCCAUUGGCAUUGCGUCCAGCAGAGGGUCCUGAAACAUCCACAGCUACUAUAGAGGGCGCCAUACAGAGCAUAGAGUCGCUCCAGGCCCAAGGUGGCCUUCUGACCCAGAAGCUCGCGACGCAUGGGGCGUUGCUGUUCCGUGGCCUACCGAUACACGACGCUGAGCAGUUCAGCAAGUUUGCCCACGCCUUCGGCUACAGGCCGCACGAGAUCAUCGGCAUCGUCGUAGACCGCCCGCUGCUGGCCCCCAACGUCGCCCCGGCCAAUGAAGCGCCCAAAGACGUGCUCAUCUACAACCACAACGAGUCCCCCCAGGUGCCUCACGCGCCGGAGUACGUCUUCUUCUACUGCCACCGGGCACCGCGCACUGGCGGUGAGACACCCGCGUCCUCAUCCCUGGAGCUCUUCUACCGAGCCCAGCGCGAGAUUCCAGAGUUCAUUGACGAGAUUUCCCGCAAAGGCAUCCUCAGCAGGGUCACGUACAAAAUCGAUCGGCAGCACGCGGGCGGGUCAACGCUGAAGCAGGCCUUUGGAAAGGAGGUGCAGGAGGAGGACGAUGAGGCGAUGCGGCGCGCCAAGGUUGAGGCGCAGAUCGCCCGGUACGGCCGGGGCAAGCACACGACCUGGGCCUGGACAGAUGACGGUGGCGUAGUCCUGACGCACAGGCUCCCCGCCGUGCGGACGCAGCCCGCGACCGGCCUCCCGACGCUGUUCACGGGCCUGGCGGCGUACUACAAGAGCGUGCAGGCCGGCCAGGGUGCUCGGAGGAACGUGACGCAGCAGCUGUUCGGCGACGGCACCCCGAUCCCAGAGAAGUACCUGGCGCAUCUUGCGAAGAUCACGGACGAGAUCCGCGUUCUGCACAGGUGGGAGAGGGGCGACGUUCUUGUGUUUGACAAUGUCAUUGCACAGCAUGGUCGACAGCCGUGGGGAGGCGAACAGGCGGAUCGUGUAGUGUUGGCGAGUCUUUUCGAUGGGCAGGUGCCGGGCGCCUACUGUGACGAGGAUUGGGCACAAGUUGUCCAGGCCCUGGAUGGGUAG